AUGACAGUUCUGGUUAAGUCUCGUUCGAAGUCUCUCAGAGAUGUUAAGCUCCCAAAGGACGCGAACACCGUUGCCGCGGUCCUAAAGACGGUCUCCAGCCAGAACAAUGGCAUCAACACAAACAGGAUUAGGCUGACAGUGCUAAAGGAAGACAAGCACGUUGCGGUGACCUCGGAUCACUUUUUUGAAGAAGGUGUUCAAGACCAGCUUUUUGCCAAAGACAUCGGACCCCAAGUCUCUUGGAGGUUCGUGUUCUUCGUGGAGUACCUUGGACCAAUCCUCAUCCACUCUUUCGUUUACUGGCUCUCAACGAAGCCCGAACUCGCAAAAUACCACUGCAAGUCCCGUGGCUACAAUCCUUUUGUUAACAGAAUAGCUUACACCUUAGUGAUGAUCCACUACCUCAAAAGAGAGCUAGAGUCCCUUUUCCUGCACAAGUUCUCUCAGUCCACCAUGCCUUUCUUCAACCUCUUCAAAAAUUCCUUCCACUACUGGAUAUUGAAUGGCAUCAUCUCUUUAGGCUACUUUGGCUACGGAUUUUUAUUAAAGGACAUCGACGUCUUCAGGAUCUAUUCCGCCCUUAAGAUCGACAACUUUAUGCUACUACUGGCUGGGUUUUUGGUUUGCGAGCUCUGGAACUUUUACGUCCACUACAAAUUGCGCGCUUGGGGUGACAGCCAAAAGGCCAAGGGAAUUACCCAGCGUGUUCCCCUACAGGAUGGUAUCUUCAAGGUGUUUGUUGCGCCAAACUAUACCUUUGAGGUGCUAGCAUGGACGCUUUUCACGCUCAUUUUCAAAUUGAAUAUAUUUGCCGUCUUCUUUCUUUUAGUCUCAGCUACUCAAAUGUACUUAUGGGCCGCCAAGAAAAACAGACGGUACGGCACCAAGAGGGCCUUUUUGAUCCCCUACAUCUUAUGA